UAGAACUUGAAGGUUGAAAAAUGGCAAGGAAGGAAGCAGGUUCAGGCUAGAGAUUAUGCGGAAUUUCCUAACUCUCAAAGCUGUUCGACCGCGGAAUAGUCUGCCGCCUGCACACGACGGCGAGAAACCAGUCCUUUGCUAGAAAUUUGCAAACAGAGGCAGGCUGGCCAUCUGUUAGGAAUGCUGUACUAGCAGACUUCUGCAGCCGACCACCAGAUUUCCAGGGUCGCUUUCGGCUCUGUGACCACAUGCGGAAGGGCAGAGAGGACGCAGGCAUGACUACCUGGGAGUCGGAUAAUUAAGCUGCAGCCAUGGAAGGCAAGGGGCCUUAUCGUAUCUAUGACCCUGGCGGGGGGACACCAGAAGAAGCAUCUGCUGCUUUUGAACGCCUGGUGGAGGAAAAUACUAAGCUGAAGGAAAAGAUGCAGGGGAUUAAGUCUCUAGGGGAGUUAUUGGAAGAAUCACAGUUGGAAGCAUCCAGACUACGUCAGAAAGUGGAGGACCUAGUGAAGGACAAUGAAAUGCUGAGAUCUACCUCCUCUCUGGAUAAACUAGCUGAAAUAGCAGGAGGAGUGCCAGAUCGUUGUUCUUCCCCAGUAGCUCCAAGUGAAGCCCAAAAAGAGCUGGAAAAAGUCACACAGAAGCCAUCCUCCAGCGGGUCGUCUUCGGAGUUUGAAAUUGUUGGUGCUGAAGAGAAGAGGUCCUCCCAGGGGAGCAGCAGGAAAUCUGACACAGAGCCACUUCAGAACGAAGACAUCGACCUUAUGCUCCACCUGCAGCGCCUGGAGAACACACUCAGCGUCUUUGCUGAGGAGUCAGAUAAAACUCAGCUGUUUGCCCAUCUGGGGCGCAUGGCCCUGGAGUUCAACCGUCUCUCCUCCAAGGUGCACAAGAAUGAACAGAAGACAUCCAUUCUUCAGGUCCGAAGGCUGCUGGCAAAACUGCUGGCAUUGUGUGAGCAGUUGAGGAAUGAAAAUGAGGAACUGAGGGCAAAAUUGGAGAAGGAACUGGAACAAAGGAAUCAGGCUUCAGAGAAGCUGAGGUGUGAGAAUCUGGAAUUGAGGAAGAUGGUGAUGAUGGGCAGCAAAGAAGGAAUGAAAGGAGAAGGCAUAGAAAGUGCUGGAAAGCAACAGGGAGCCGUGGUGGAAAAAGCAACAGGGAAAAACGUGUUGGGGACAAGUGAGAAGAAAGUGAAGAUACUUGAGCACCAGCGAAAUGAGCUGUUGGAGGUGAAUAAGCAGUGGGACCAUCAUUUCCGGUCUAUGAAGCAGCAGUAUGAGCAGAAGAUCACAGAUCUACGGCAGAAGCUUGCUGAUUCUCAGAAAGCACAGGGGGAGUUGGAAACAGAACGGGAGCACAAGCAGAGGGAUUUUGACCGCAAGCUUCUCCUGGCAAAAUCUAAGAUUGAAGAGGAGGAGGCAGAAAGGGAGAGACUUAAUGGGGAGGUGAAGGACCUAAAGCAAAGGGUGAAGUUCCUGCAGGAUCAACUGGCUCCAGUCACCAGGCAAAGGGAGUAUCAGGAGAAGGAGAUUCUCCGGCUAAACAAGGCCCUCGAAGAGGCCCUUAACUUUCAAGCCUCUGCUGCUUCUGCCUUCAACAGCCCUAUUGAGCCCAGCAUGAGCAUCCGACAUCAGGAGGUCAUGACCCAGAACGAACUCCUGAAGCAGCAGGUGAAGAUCUUUGAGGAGGACUUCCAGCGGGAGCGGAGUGACAGGGAGAGGAUGAAUGAAGAGAAGGAGGCGCUGAAGCAGCAGCUGGAGAAGGUUCAGAAGCAAUUAAUGCUCACCAACAACCAGCUCCGGAUCUUUAAAGAGGACUACCAGAAGGAAAAAGAGGAGAAGGACAAGCUCAAGAAACUGCUCAAGCAGCACAAGCAGCACUCUGGUGACAGGUUGCACCCAGAGCCACAACCAGGACCCGUGGCUCCAGUCUGCCCCAUGUAUCAGUUCCCAUGCAGCCCUCCAGGCCAACCCCAUAUAUACCAUGGUUACGAAGACUGGCAGCAAAUCCGCUACCCACCAUCACCAAUGGCAAAUGAGCGUCCGGUUCAGAAUUACCACCGUUUUCCUCCUCCAGAAUACACCUGGUGUCAACCAUGCGUUAUAUCACAGAAUCAGAAUUCACAAGCAGUGGAUGGUGUGAAACAACUUGCCAAGGAAUCUGAUCCUACAGCUCUUGGGUUACCUAAAAGCCAAAGGCCCACUUAACUCCUUGGCUAUGUGCAGUAGCAUCGGAAGCAGAUUUGCGGUACAUACGUGAACCUGCAUGAACAGCUCACCUUCAUGUGCUUCUGGACACUGUUCACAUUUGUUGCACUGGGUAACUGAGGCAACAGCAUCUUCAGAUUUUCUGAUGACGUAUGGCAUUUGCUGCCAAGGACUGAGCAGAGCCCAGUGCUCUGGGAAACUCUCCAGUUGAGAAACCUGCCUGGCGUCUUGGAUCAAAUCUCUCAGCAUUUUGGAUCAAUAAAAGUGAAAGCUUACAAAGAGAGGAUUGAGUUCUGGGGGCACCAAGAUCUCACUCGGUGAAUAGCUAGGAUGAUGAAGAAAGCAGCUAGGCAGAAAUCAGGUGGCUAAUUUUAACAUGAGCUGUACAAGAAGAAAAAGCAUCAGUGGAAAGAAAUGGAAGAUGGGUGAGAUUUUAGACUGAGUGGAAUGUGCAAAGAUGGCCACUAAGGUAGCAGAAUGUUCCUUGUUCCAUAAUAUCACAAUCUCUUAAGACAUAAUUAUGCCCUUUGUUUUGUUUGUUUUUUCUGUAAAACAGAGGGAGUGGUUUCUUUUCAGCAUGAUUACUCCAAGGGAUUGUUAAUUUUUAAUCCCCCCACCGUCUCUUCAAACAGAAAGUAACAAUUGCUUCCAAAAUGUUCACAAUCCAAGGACAAAUUCAUACAUAAGAACCUAAGAACAGCCCUGCUGGAUCAGGCCCAAGGCCCAUCUAGUCCAGCAUCCUGUUUUGCACAGUGGCCCACCAGAUACAAUCUAGAAGUUUUGUGUUUGGGGAUGGGGGAAGGCUUGUACAUCUGUUUCUGCUCAGUCAUAUCUUUCAAGUAGUCCACCUUUUCACUGAGUGUGCAGUCUGUCAUAGGAAAGUAUGUGAAUUGUACUAUAAAAGACAGAGGAUUAACUUCAAACUUAUCUACAUCUCUCUAUAGACCACACUUUCUGUAUAUUUACAGAGACACUUGCUCUGCAUUGCCAUUGUACUUUGAAGUGCUAAUAUUUUUUGCUAUCUAAUCUUUUUCUGUUUUGUGAAGUGCAUAAAAAUGUGCAAGUAAACUUUUACCCAAAGUGUGUAUUCCCUUUUUGUAAAUGUUUAUGGCAUUUUGUGUAAUUGACUUAAUUAUAAAUAUUCUUUUUGGUUUGAUUUUAUCCUUAAUAAAGUAUGGGUUUUUCCAUGCCAUAA